UGCAUUUUAGAAAAGACCCGAUCCCCCACGACUCGUAGACAAGGGGAGGGGGUGUACGCAGGGACCUGAGUCUUUAUCGAGAAAUCUACGUUAUUUCAUUUUAACAGUGAUAUUUGUCAGAUAUAGAAAUUUGGACGCAGGUUAUAUGUUUGCAUAACAUUUUACGAAUCUAUUUUGUGUUAGAAACUGUAGCAUAGCCUGUCGUCGGAAAGGAUUGCGAAUUCAAGUCGAUAUGGAUGUGUGAUUUAUGUGUGGGAGCAAGGGUUGAGCAUGGCUAGCUUUAGUACAACUAGCUAACCAGCACCCCUACGUGGAUUCACUAGCCUUUUGACGUUGGAUAUGCUAACCCUCGCUAGCUGAUAUUCCUCUUCAAUGAAUGCAGUUUUCCUUCACAAUGACGGAGUAACGAUGGACAAUACAGAGGAGAAUAUGGUGUUGAUACUGACUGACAGACGCAUCUGAUGUUGCAGAGCCAUUUUUAGUUAAUAUUUUCUCACUUUUAAGCAUUUUGAGGAAUGCAAGUCCGAUAUUUUUGUAAUUAGACGAAAUCAUAUGUGAGCUAGACGGCUAUCGGCCUGUCAGCAAGUUAGCAAUGAUGGCUAGCUAACUUGUGCUAGCCUAUGUUAGCUGCCUGCCCUUCCCAAUAGAAAAAAUACGGUCUACCCACAUCCGAAGAAAAGCAAGAGAUUUACUGUGUAAUACCUCGAAAUUGAACUGUUUUGCGAAAGGAUUUUACAGGAUUUUGGUACCAGAUGAUUGAAGUGGGUGUGGCCAUUUGACAAACAGUCCAUCCUGAGUGACGGCUCCUUCAACCACCUUGUCCCCACCCCUUUCCCCACCCUCUCGCACCCGGUUCCCACUGCGAUGUCUCAUCUGCCUAGCAGCUCAGUCCGUGACCAUAUGAAAUGGGUCUGUCCUCAACUGUCCACAAACUAUGCCGGGUUGCUUGGCUGUGAAGCUGUACUGUCCAGCAUGGCUCUAAUGCAGGCUAGCUCCAUGGCCGGGCCCAAGAAGAUGAUGGCGCCUCUUGGUCCUGCCCCUGGGCACCCGCCUCCCCCUCCUCCUCCCCCGGGACAGAGGGAUAUUCCGGACCGUGGGCCACAGGGCCCUAUGGUCUUGCCAACUGGGAUGAACUGUCCGCCUCUGCUCCUCCGGAAAGAGGGAGAGUUCUCCGCUCCCCGCCUGUUGGAUGAGAAGGAAAUGAGAGCCAAUGAGGACAUGCAGCUGAAAAAGAAGAACAGGAAGUCGGGAACACCCUGUAAAGUGAGGGAGCAGGAGGGGAGGGGAGGGAAGGUGGUGGUGGUGGACGAGAAUGGGAACUGUCCAAUGCAAAACAAAGUGCAGAAGAACUUCAUUUGCGACCACUGUUAUGGAGCCUUCAGGAGUGGGUACCACCUGAAGCGACAUAUUCUCAUCCACACGGGAGAGAAGCCGUUUGCUUGUGCCAUAUGCGAUAUGAGGUUCAUCCAGCGUUACCACCUGGAGAGACACAGUCUCACCCACACAGGGGAGAAGCCGUACGCUUGUACCAUGUGCGACAUGCGGUUUAUCCAACGUUACGCCUUGGAGAGACACAACCUCAAACACACGGGGGUGAAACCGUAUGCUUGCACCAUGUGCAACAAGCGUUUUUACCAACGUGACCACCUUCAGAGACACAACCUCAAACAUACGGGAGUGAAACCGUAUGCUUGCAACAUGUGCGACAAGCGUUUUUACCAACGCUACCACCUUCAGAGACACAGCCUCAAACAUACGGGGGUGAAACCGUAUGCUUGCACCAUGUGUGACAUGCGUUUUUACCAACGUUACCACCUUCAGAGACACAGCCUCAUCCAUACGGGGGUGAAGCCCUACGCUUGUACCAUGUGUGACAUGAGGUUUUUCCAACGUUACCACCUGCAGAGACACAGCCAGACCCAUACGGGGGUGAAGCCCUACGCUUGUACCAUGUGUGAUAGGCGGUUUUUCCGACGUUACCAACUCCAGAGACACAGCCUCACCCACACGGGGGUGAAGCCCUACGCUUGUACCAUGUGUGAUAGGCGGUUUUUUGGACGUUACCAACUCCAGAGACACAGCCUCACCCACACGGGGGUGAAGCCCUACGCUUGUACCAUGUGUGACAUGAGGUUUUUCCAACGUUACCACCUGCAGAGACACAGCCUCACCCAUACGGGGGUGAAGCCCUACGCUUGCACCAUGUGUGAUAGGCGGUUUUUCCGACGUUACCAGCUGCAGAGACACAGCCUCACCCACACGGGGGUGAAGCCCUACGCUUGUACCAUAUGUGAUAGGCGGUUUUACGGACGUUUCCAACUCCAGAGACACAGCCUCACCCACACGGGGGUGAAGCCCUACGCUUGUACCAUGUGUGAUAUGCGGUAUUUCCAACGUUACCAACUGCAGAGACACACCCUCACCCAUACGGGGGUGAAGCCCUACGCUUGUACCAUGUGUGACAUGAGGUUUUACCAACGUUACCACCUGCAGAGACACAGCCAGACCCAUACGGGGGUGAAGCCCUACGCUUGUACCAUGUGUGACAUGAGGUUUUACCAACGUUACCACCUGCAGAGACACAGCCAGACCCAUACGGGGGUGAAGCCGUACGCUUGUACCAUGUGUGACAUGAGGUUUUUCCAUCGUUACCAUCUCCAGAGACACAGCCUCACUCAUACUGGGGUGAAGCCCUACGCUUGUACCAUGUGUGAUAUGAGGUUUUUCCAACGUUACCAUCUCCAGAGACACAGUCUCACCCAUACGGGGGUGAAGCCCUACGCUUGUACCAUGUGUGACAUGAGGUUUUUUCAACGCCAUCACCUCCAGAGACACAGCCUCACCCAUACGGGGGUGAAGCCAUACGCUUGUUCCAUGUGUGACAAGCGUUUUUUCCAACGUUACCAGCUGCAGAAACACAGCCUCUCUCACACGGGGGUGAAGCCCUAUGCUUGCUCCAUGUGUGAUAUGAGGUUUAUCCAACGUUAUCAACUCCAGAGGCACAGCCUCACCCACACGGGGGUGAAGCCCUACGCUUGUACCAUGUGUGAUAGGCGUUUUUUUGGACGUUACCAACUCCAGAGACACAGCCUCACCCACACGGGGGUGAAGCCGUAUGCUUGCUCCAUGUGCGACAUGAGGUUUUUCCAACGUUACCACCUGCAGCGACACGCUGUCACACACACGGGGGUGAAGCCGUACGCUUGUUCCAUGUGUGACAUGAGGUUUUUCCAGCGUUACCACCUGGAGAGACACAGCCUCAAACAUACGGGCGAGAAGCCGUUUGCUUGCGACAUGUGCGACAUGCGCUUCAUCCAGCGCUACCACCUGGAGCGACACAAGCGCGUGCACAGCGGAGAGAAGCCAUACCAGUGUGAACGCUGCCAGCAGAACUUCUCGCGAACGGACCGCUUGCUGAGGCACAGGCGUUUGUGCCAGGGCCGGGGGGUUGCCAAGGUGGAGACGCAGCCCUGCUGUGAGCCCAUAGCCCGUCCGUACCCGCAGGAGCCUCCCGCGCCACCCCCCACCUCGGCCUGGAGCCCCCUGCACCCUCCGCCCGGCCGCCUUGCCGUCUGACAUUCCCUUCCCCCCCUCUUCCCUCCGCUCGGCCCGCCGGCGACUCCCUGGAGACCCUGCUGCCCUGGCAACCCGCCGUUGCCACCCCAGCAAUGAGGAGCUCAGUGGCGUCACCCUGUGGUCGUGACUGAUAGUUACAGCUUAUGUCAGUCAGGUGGGGGGGAAUUUAACUAAAGAGGGGAAAAAUCCUUUUCUUUCAUGUCUUUCUCUUUCUUUUUUUUCUCUUUGUUUAUUUGUUGUUGUUUUGGGGGUGAGGGAGGGUGGGGGAGGGGUGUUUUCAAACAUAUGGUUAGUUUUCCUUUUCUGUUGUGAUUUUUUUUUUCUUCUUUUGUUUAUUUUCUACUUAAUCAUGUUUUCUUGUUUCCUUUCGAAAAGGUCAUGCUACUUUCAUUUAAUAUUUUUUUUAAUUACUAUCAUGUUUAAUGAUGGUACUUUUUUUUUUUUUUUUGAAAGGAAGGGAACUAGAACAGUUGAGGAGGGAUUUUUCAGGAGGGACUCUGUUGUUACACCACAACAGCGAAUAGGGAUGCAUAAAUGUUAAGCCAGAGAACCUAUGUAGAGGGUUAAAAAAGGCAUUGAUGUCAUUAUAUUGUUCAUUGUAGUUAAAAAAGGAUAUCCAUGAAUGGUACAAGGUUCUAGUUCCAUACAAUAGUGUUUUGAUGACCGUAGUUCCACUGACGGAGCUUAAUAGUGUGAGCCUGAAGACUGAUCACACGUCCCUUGUACAUGUUGUGUGAUGUUUGUGCUAAAGAAAAGGGGCCGUUUGGAAUAGUGUCAGGAUCGGAACGUCUUGACUUCGGUUAACUGUCGCCCCUUUAUUCGCCUGCAGCACCACUUGAUGCGCGGGUGGUCGAAAGGACGUGGCAUACACACACGCAUAUUACACAUAACACAUGCGCACACAUACACAUGCAUACUUACAGUUGCGACUUGUGCCGAGUCGCCCGGUUUUUCUCAGAUAACCCGGGAAACUCCUGCCAGGAUUGCUAACUCUCACGAGUGACGAAGCAAGAACUUUUUUUCUGAAGAGAAAACAAAAUAUUAAAGACAGAGAGAGAGAGAAACUCUUGCCAGUGUACGUCGGAGAUGGCACAAAAACUUUAAGCAACAUCCGGAAAGUCCUGCCGCUUACUUCUGAGAAAACAUGUGAGCCUGUGCUGUCGUUUUUUGGGGUAACCGUGUCAAGGGUUGCCAUAAAAACCCCUAUUGUGCUUUUUACAAACAUUUGAGACAGCACAAGACGUCUUUUCCUAAGCCCCCACCACUUAACCAUGUAUACAGACUAAAUGUGCUCAGCCUAUAACAAGACAUAUUCAAUCUUGUGGCCUUAGGAUGUGCUAAUGUUUUCUUUUUGUUUUUCAAUAUAUUUUAUUUUCUUUUUUUUCUUUUUUUAUGUAUGUUAUUUUUACUUUAAAGUUAAUGGUGUAAUUAUCGUUUCACAAAAAAAUCAUAUUUGAGAUAGUCACUGCCUUUUACAAACAAGACAAAACAUUUUUUCCAAAGCCGCCGUUGUAAAGAAAACCUCGCCUACCCUUUCUGGCACCUGAUCGCUUCAGUUACCACAUGGUUCAUAGAGUAGCUAUGCUGCUGUUUUUUUUUCUUUUUGUAAUUAAUAUUAUCAUCCAUAAAUGUAUCAAUAUUAUCUGUCAUGGAUAUUUGUUGGGAAAAAAGGACUAAAAGGUUGUAACAAGGACUUUUCAUUUCUGUCACAGGCAGUGUGACGGGCAGCCCUGAUCAGUUUGACCGUAUGAAACUAAGAUCAAUUUGGGGUCCUGUACUUAGAAGUGAAAUGACUGGGAGUCCUUGAGGUCAUGUUUUUUUCCUAUUUGCCUAUUAAGUAGUGAUGGUGUUGGAGUAACGCUAGCAUUGAUAAAAAAAAUAAUGUGUUUUCUCUUUGGGGUAGUCUGCAGUCUACGCGCACGUACGACCCCCUCAAAGACGAGAUUUCCAUCGUAGUCCUUGCCCUCAGUGCUUGUGGUUGGGUUUGUGUGUCUUAGGAGUCAGUCCGCUCUAUAACCCUGUCACAGACUUUUAUUAUGACGAGAGAUGUGUCAAUGCUUUCUGCAGCCUCUGCUGUGCCUCUGCUUUGGCAUUUUUGAGAAGGGCACAAUGGAACUGUUGGGCUCCCCACAGACCGACUAUGGGCCAACUGUUACCUAUGGGUCCUGCAUGCUGAUUUAUAUCUGAUCUGAUCUUGACAACCCCGUCAUUGUAAUCCACAAGUGCAACAAGGGAAGGCAGGGUUGCCAAAUCUGUAUUUAAUCCACUUUUUUAUAUAUAUAUUUUAAUUAUAAAUUUGACAACAAAUGAAACUUAAGCUCCUCUUCUUUUUAGUUGCAUACUGUAGUAACAUGAUUUUCUGUUUGUAUUUUCAAGGACCUUUUUUUAUUUCUAAUAUGACUUUCAAAACACUGGAGUGAUACGAAAGAAAUAAAAAAUACAGUUUUUUGUUAUUUUAAACGGAAUUAGAUUUUAGAAUUUAGACAGAGCCUCUCUUCAAACCCAACACACACAUGGUGGGCAGCACCUUGUCCAAACAUUUGGAUGAUAUUCAUGAAGGUCUUUGCACCUCAAGAUGAUGACAAAAAAAAGAAAAGAAAAUUCUAUAUUUUUCCCUCUUGUAUUAACUCUCCUCCCCCCUCCAUCCCAUCCAAAACUUUGAUUUUAGUGAACUAUAUUGAUAGCGACAUUAGUCAAGAGACAGCGUCUAUGGUAGAACACACAGACUAGUCUUUUUGUUAUUCUCAUAGGCUUGCAUGCAGUUACAGUCAUCAGUUUAAGAGCUUAUAUUGUUUUUGUUUUUAUUUUGUGUAGGUGAAAAAUAUUUGCAAAGACAUCUUUUCUAAUAAAAAAAUAAUGUGAUAUCAUGAUAAUUAUUGUAAAGAAAAAAAAUGGGCAAACUAAUAUGUACCCUUGUGAUCUAAUUAGUUUUCAUUGUAUGGAGUGAGGAGAGGGGCUUCCAUUAUGCAGAAAUAAAAAUACUUUGUAAAAGUAA